GUCAUUUCCGGUGUGGGCCCGGGGAAGCGGAGCGGCCCCGAGACCGGACCCGCCAUGGCCUCGCUGCUCAAGGUGGACCCGGAGGUGAAGCUUAAGGUUGACUCCUUCAGGGAGCGGAUCACAAGCGAGGCUGAAGACCUCGUAGCAAACUUUUUUCCAAAGAAGCUGUUAGAGCUUGAUGGAUUCCUUAAGGAACCCAUCCUGAAUAUUCAUGAUCUUACUCAGAUCCAUUCGGACAUGAACCUCCCAGUGCCUGACCCAAUUCUUCUCACCAACAGCCAUGAUGGACUGGAUGGGCCAAAUAUGAAAAAGAGGAAGCUUGAAGACCACGAAGAGACCUUUCAGGGUACCAAAGUGUUUGUGAUGCCCAAUGGGAUGCUGAAGAGCAACCAGCAGCUGGUGGACAUCAUUGAGAAAGUGAAACCAGAAAUCAGGCUGCUCAUUGAGAAGUGCAAUACGAUGCUGGCAUUAGUCAGCGUUGUGAUCUCUCCACUGCAGGUCAAAAUGUGGGUGCAGCUUCUCAUUCCCAGGAUAGAGGAUGGGAACAAUUUCGGUGUUUCUAUUCAGGAAGAAACAGUUGCUGAGCUUCGGACUGUGGAGAGUGAGGCAGCAUCUUACCUGGACCAGAUUUCUAGAUACUAUAUCACAAGAGCAAAGUUGGUUUCCAAAAUAGCCAAGUACCCUCAUGUGGAGGACUAUCGCCGCACCGUCACGGAGAUCGACGAGAAGGAGUACAUUAGUCUGCGCCUCAUCAUUUCAGAGCUGAGAAAUCAAUAUGUCACUUUGCAUGACAUGAUACUUAAAAACAUUGAGAAGAUCAAGAGGCCUCGGAGCAGCAAUGCUGAGACCCUCUAUUAAGUGUCAACGUUUGAACUUGAGAACUGUUCAGUCAACUAAAGACCGUCAUUGCCUUGGUUUGUUACGUGACUAUCGAGAUGGGAAACUGGCUGGAAAUAGUAUUGCAUUCUUAGUUAAACUCUAAAGAAAUUC